AUGAUCUUCGCUCCCAAACGAGAUACAGAUUCGAUGGCUCCCGAUGCCGGAGACAAGACGAUCGCCUCACAGGACAGUUCAAAAGUCCACAAAAGGGCUUCUCAUGCUUGUCUAGUCUGUCGAGCUCGUAAAGUGAGGUGCGAUGUCACCGUCCGUGGUCCUCCGUGCAUGAACUGUCGUCUCGACGGCGACGAAUGAGAAGUAAUGUGGUCGAGACGAACAAAGCAACAGUGAAGUUAUACACCGCGAUGGGAAAUGAUCCACCAGAAAGACCACUAAUCACGUUGAUAUCUAAGUUGGCGGGCAAAGGGCCUCGAUCCUUGGAAAGGGGCCUUCGGUAUUUCCAAACCACGCCAUCCCGGCAAAGUGCCUUCGCAGGGUCUUGGGGGCGGACCUGAAGUUGAAAGUCCAAGACUCGAC